UUGCACCAGAUAUCAUAAUAUAUAAACGCGACCACGCCGUGACCGAGCGGAGAGUAUCAUAACAGCGACCGAGCAUCGUCGCAUACCAUAAACCUUAUCGCGAGUGUUACGUGACAUCAACACAGCUGAUUGUAAGCGCAAGAAGGAAAUAAAAGACAACGAACAAGAAAGUAAGAAGCGUCUUCUUUUCUCUCAUACACCGAGCCAAACCUUCACCCUUUGGGUCCUAACCCUUCAGGCAGAACGAUCCCAACUACUAACGGGAAAGAAUUCCCAAAACGAGCAAACGCUCACAACAAAAUUGGUGGCAGCGGUGGGGAUUUGCACUGCCAAAAGGAAGAUCCAAGAGGAACCAAGCGUCACCGAGCAAUCAGCUGUACAGGCCAGGAAGCCAGCCACGCCGGAGCGUACAUAGCGCGUCAGCGAUAAGAGUAAAACUCGAGACGACGCCGAGACCUACCACGACAAGGCUCAGCUGAUCGCCGCACCAUGCAGCUCAUCGUACUUAUGUAAGUCCGACAAACAUUAAAUUGUAACGCGAAACAAGCGUAAGACGACAUAAAAUUGUAACACGAAAUAUCGGUUGACCCCCGGUAACUGCAAUUACCGUAAAAGAAAUAGCUAGGAUAGCUGCUGUAAUUCAAAGGCAUACGCACUAGCACAACGCGACAUACGCGAUAUUACAAAAUAAGCCGUAACGCGAACUCAGCACGCACGCUUAUAACCAAACGUAAAUGUCCACCAAGUAAAACAUUGACAAUAUGGACACACGUUCAUUAACGGGGACAGACGUAGCGGGACGGUCGGCACGCUCUCCGUUACAUGCGUUACCCCGCGUAAUCCGGGAAGAACCCGAAGAAAAAGCACAAGAGCUUCAGGACUCACACGAGCAAAAUGGAAAUACACCGGCAACGCCACAAAUAAAUAGGCGACCGAUAUACCCCAUGGAGAACAUGCUCCAUGAGCUAUUAAUUGAAAUUCGCAAACUUCGUUCUCAACUUGGAAAUCAAAACGAAGUCCACUCUCCGCCGAGGAAAAUGGCCAGGAAUACGCGACGCCUUACUAGCCACACGCUAGAUCCUUCACAUGGGCGAUCGUUCAGAGAUUUACGGCACCAGCACGGAUCACACAUCCAAUAUUCAAGCUUAAAAGAAGCACGAAAUAUAAUCCCCGAGAUUAAUAAGACUUCGAGGGAUUGGACAACUCAACAUUAUGAAACAAUCGCAAAAGCAAGCGCAGAAGGAAAGGUCAAGGGACCUAAUCCACGAACCAAUGGACACAAGAAAGAGGUCUAAACUGAAUCUCAGCAGAAUAAUCAUAAAC